GUGUCACAUCACUUUUCACCAAUUUAAUUAUGCCUGCAGAAAAAAAUAGGCCCAAUUCAUCACUACCUUAACUUAAAGUUCAAGUUUUCUUGAUUUAUUCUUACAUGCCUUGUAUAAGGUGACCUUUUUCCCCUUCAUAAGUCAAUAUCCAAAGUAUCUUUCCAUUCCUGAUAACUCAACAUCCUCCUACAAAUAUAGUCAGCCUGUUCACAGUUUCACACAACAUUCAUUAUUUUUUUAUAAACUCAGAUCAUCCAGUUUUACACAACCAUAAACACUCAAACUCAUGAGGGAUAGAGGGAAAUCUGUGGAGUCAGAUCAAGAGUACAACAACUUUAACUCAGAUUACAACUUCUACUACUCAUCAUCAUCAUCUGGUGUGCAAUGUAAGAAGCACCCAUCUUCAACACAAGUUGGAAUAUGUGCAUAUUGCCUCAAAGACAGGCUCAUGAAGCUUGUGUGUUCAGAGUGUGGAGAACAGAGGCUUUCCUCUUGUUCUUGCUCUGAUGUUUCUUCCUACAGAAACUCUUCUUGCACUGUGGAUGUUGGAAGUGUUGGUAGGAUAUCAUUCUUGAUAGAGAAUGAGAAAGCAGGUAGUGGUGAUGAACAGAAAACACUUUUUUCACAUGUGAAACAGAGCAAGAAAGUGGAAACAGAGGAUGUGUUUAUGCUCAAAAGGAGCAAUAGUUGUGUUGUUGAGGUGAAGAAGAGUAAUGGGUUUUGGAGAAUUGGGAAGCUUUUUAAGAAGAAGAGAGAGAAAGAGGGGUUUAGAGAGAGAAACCACCCAGAUUGGGUGUCUGAAUGUGGGAUGGAUGUGUCAAGAUGUAGGUCUCUUUGUAGUUAUAGAGGAGGUAAUUUUGAUCAUGAUGGUGGUAGUGUUAGUGAUAUGAGAUUAUCAAGUGCAAAAAUAUCUGAUUUUAAUGAAUCUGAGCCAAGAAAGAGUGGAUUUAGAGGUGGUUUGAUGGAUUUCGAAACUGGGUUUUCGGCGAAAGAGAGUGAGUUUAGUAGAAUUCAUGAUGAUUCAAGUUUUAUUGAUUUGAAACUUGAUUUAUCGGAUCGGUCGAAAACAGACUACUCUGUUUUUAAAAACCCGUCGGAUGUCGGUGGGUGCGCUGGUGCUGGUGAUGGUGGAUCAUCAUCAUGUAGGAUUACAAUUAAUGAGAGGGGGAUUAAGAAGGGGAGCAAAGGGCAUAGUAAGGUAUGGAAGUGGAUUUUUAAGCAAAAGAAAGAUUUGCAUCAUAUUUUGGAGUCUUGAAUUGGGAUGAUUUGAAAGUCAAAAGGUCAAAGAUUGAGAUGGUCUAAAAGUCAAAGGGUGAAGGAAGGUCAUUUAGUGGUUUAGAGGCUAGAUGAAGGUGGUCUGGUUGUGUUAGGGUUUCUCACUGUUUCAAUUCAUGUAAUCCCUUCUACAAUUCAGUUGCUAUAUUUACUAGUGAAAUAGUAUCAUAAUUUCAGAAAUAUAUGUGCAUUUUGAAUAUUUUGUAUGCUUAAUUUCUACUAAAAUAAUAAUAACAAUAGUAAUAUUAA